AUGACUGUCGUCUGGACUGCCGGCAUGCGAGCAACGCAUUUGACGCAGCAAAUUCCCGGAGCCAAGGACACACUGUCUCGGCUUUACGUGGACCAACACCUCCGUGUUCCAGGCCGUGAGCACGACUUUGCUACCGGGGAUGCCGCCCAUGCCGUCGCUGAUGACGAAGGACACGUCGCUUUAAUGUCCUGCCAACAUGCUAAUAUCCUCGGUCGUUUCUCCGGACACAACGCAGCAGCGGACUUGCUCGGCGAACCAACUCUUACCUACUCUCAGGCUGGAUACGGUACAUGCCUCGACCUUGGAUCAUGGGGCGCGCUCGUAGCGCAUGGAUGGGAAAGGGACGUCAAGAUCACGGGACGCGUGGCGAAAAAGGUGAAGCAAUACAUUAAUCAGAAAGCAAUUGUUCCCCCGCAGGAUACCGAGGAGGCGAUGGAAGCUUCAGUCCCUGGUCCAUAUGACACGGAAGAGCUUUUUGAGAGUAUUCUCGCUGUAGUCGGGUAG